CGGCAUUCUAUUUCAAGCGGAUAAUAGGUGCACGCUGAUAGGUGAACCCAAACCCUAGAGAAGAUAUUCUCCAGAUGACACAAAGAUCUGGUAUUAUUCAUAAUAGAUUUCAAGAGACUUUAUAGCUGGAUUUCUUACUGUUAAAGCUAAAAACUCAAGAGAUUUGAAGUGACUUUAUAGCUGGAUUUUUUACUGUUGAAGAGAGAAGAUUCAGGAGAAAAGCUGAAAAUGUCAAAACAUUCUGUCUCCAAUAAAAACUAUAACUGUGAUAUUUGUGGUAACUCAUUUAGAGGCCUGGCUGAUUUAAGUAGACACAUUAUGAUUCAUACUGGUGAGAAGCCAUAUAAAUGUGAUGUUUGUAGUAAAUCAUUUACACAAAGUAGUCAUCUACAGAGACACACCAGAACCCAUACCGGUGAAAAACCCUUUAGUUGUAAUGUUUGUAGUAAAUCAUUUACCUCUAGUAUUGGUCUACAGUAUCAUACCAAAACCCACACUGGUGACAAACCAUUUUCAUGUGAUGUUUGUAGGAAAUCAUUUAACAAUAGUAGUAAUCUACAUCGACACACUAGAAUUCAUACCGGUGACAAACCCUUUUCUUGUAACGUUUGUAGGAAAUCAUUUACCUCUAGUAGUAAUCUACAACAACACACCAGAGUUCAUACCGGAGAAAAACCCUUUUCUUGUGAUGUUUGUAGUAAAUCUUUUACUCGUAGCACCCAUCUACAUGUACACACCAGAAUUCAUACUGGCGAAAAACCCUUUUCUUGUGAUGUUUGUAAUAAAUCUUUUACCACGAGUGGUGAUCUACAUAAACACACUAGAAUUCAUACUGGUGAAAAACCCUUUUCUUGUGAUGUUUGUAAUAAAUCUUUUUCCCGUAGCACUCAUCUACAUGUACACACCAGAAUUCAUACUGGUGAAAAACCCUUUUCUUGUGAUGUUUGUAAUAAAUCUUUUUCCCGUAGCACUCAUCUACAUGUACACACCAGAAUUCAUACCGGAGAAAAACCCUUUUCUUGUGAUGUUUGUAAUAAAUCUUUUUCCCGUAGCACUCAUCUACAUGUACACACCAGAACUCAUACCGGAAAAACCCUUUUCUUGUGAUGUUUGUAAUAAAUCAUUUUCCUGUAGCACUCAUCUACAUAAACACACCAGAACUCAUACUGGAAAAACUCUUUUCUUGUGAUGUUUGUAAUAAAUCAU